GUGAAAUUUGAUCAGUGCUUGUAAUAACUCAUCGGUGUGCCACAGUCCAAGCACGCCGAGCUUUUUCCGGGGUCAGGGAUGACGAUGGUGACGAUGACGAUGAUGGGGAUGAUGAUGAAGAUGAUGAUGAUGAUCGGCGUAGACAAAGGAAGGAGGUUUCCGUGAUGUAGGAGGUCGUUAUCACCCGACAAAGACAGCGGAGAAGUUGCAGCUUCAAACACACACACAGAAACACACACACACGCAGACACACACUUCGCCACAUCACACGCGGUUAUUAAGAAGCUUCUGCGACAUGCAUUCAGGACUUUUGCUGUUGUUUCUUCUGUCUUUGACGGAGAGAGGCUGCAGCGCACCGCAGCUGCAGGGCUGUGAGCCCGGGGACGAGCUCUCUGGAAGAUGCAGCAGCAGCAGUUUGAAUGUUUAUGAAGAAAAACCCAAAUGUACACAGCUCCACCUCGGCUACUGCAAUGAUCUGGGAUAUUCCAGUACGAUAUUCCCGAACAUCCUGGGCCACCGGAGCCGUAUGGACGCUGAGUCCGGAGCAGAGUAUCUCCUCCUCAGUGUCAUUCAUGGACUGCUAAAUGGUGAGUGCACCCCUGAAAUACGACUGGUGGGCUGCUCCGUCCUCGCCUCGCCCUGCAGGAACGACAAGAUGAUCAAACCGUGCCGCAGCACAUGUGAGGCACUGAGGAAGGACUGCAUCCACGCCUUUGAGGCCAUUGAAAUGGCCUGGCCUUAUUUUCUGGACUGCGACCGCUUCUUCGCCGGUGCCGAGGAGGGCUGCUAUGACCCUCUGGCAGCGAUGAGAGCCAGACAAGAGUUAACACGAUCCAACCUCCCCCCUGAAGAACCCAGCACCAUCAUCCAGUUCACAUACACCACCAACGCACAGAUGUACAAUAUACUGAAAAAAACAGCUGCCAAAUGCUCCCAUAUUUCUCAAGUCUACAGCAUCGGGCGCAGCACUGAGGGCAAAGACCUGCUGGUCAUUGAGUUCAGCAACAACCCUGGUCAACAUGAGCUGCUGGAGCCUGAGGUCAAGAUGCUGGGCAACAUGCACGGCAACGAAGUGCUCGGCCGCCAGCUGCUCAUCUACCUGGCCCAGUACUUGUGUUCAGAGUACAUUCUGGGUAACCAGCGCAUUCAGACCAUUAUCAACACAACCCGCAUCCAUCUUCUGGCCUCCAUGAACCCUGACGGUUAUGAACUGGCCGCCGCAGAGGUAGAGGAUAGAAAUGACCCGGAUCUCAGCUACCAGGAAGGUCACCUGAUGAACGGUUGGAUCAGUGGUCGGGCCAAUGCUCAGAACCUUGACCUGAACCGCAAUUUUCCAGACCUCACCUCUAUCUUCUACCGGAAUCGCCGCAGUAGGUUUUACCGCAUCGACCACAUUCCAAUCCCUGACUCCUACUGGUUUGGAAAGGUGGCACCAGAGACAUACGCAGUGAUGAAAUGGAUCAGAUCGCUGCCCUUUGUUCAGUCCGCCAGCCUCCACGGGGGAGACCUGGUGGUCUCCUAUCCCUUUGACUUCUCUAGACACCCGCAGGAGGAGAGGAUGUUCUCCCCCACACCUGAUGAGCAGAUCUUUAAGCAGUUGGCUCGAACAUAUGCAGACGCUCAUGCCACGAUGGCCAAUAAUGACACCGAAAGGUGUGGAGCCUCCUUUUACCGAACCAGAGGCAUCAUUAACGGAGCCCAGUGGUACAGUUUUGCUGGAGGCAUGUCAGACUUCAACUACCUGCACACUAACUGCCUGGAAAUCACCGUGGAGCUGGGCUGUGAUAAAUUCCCCUCAGAGGUGGAGCUUUACCCAGAAUGGAAGAGGAAUAAAGAAUCUCUGCUCAGUUUUCUUGAAUCUGUCCACCGAGGGAUAAAAGGAGUUGUGAAGGAUCUUGAUGGCAAUGGGAUUAAAGGUGCAACACUCUCUGUCAGGGGCAUCAGGAAAGAUGUCACCACAGCUGAAGACGGCGACUACUGGCGGCUCCUGAACCCAGGUACUCAUAUCCUGACAGUCACAGCCAAGGGUUACUCCAGGGUCUCAAAGAGGGUUCAUAUUCCCCAUAACAUGAACCAUGCUGGACGAGUGGACUUUGUCCUGGAAAAGGUUCCUGUGGAGCCUGACAUUCAUGACCACCUUUUCCCCACGGUGGACUCCUGGGAUCGGUUCGACCCCUACAACCAGUUUGAGCGCUACAGCAACGCAGAACUCCAAGAAGUGGAGCAGGAGGAGAAGCCCUGGUGGUGGAACUACUUCUCACAGUCCGGCGCUUCACCUCCACACUGGCUGCUGCGAAAUGUCUAAACACACGUUGGAUGAUGGUGGUGUAUCACUGCAGAGGGGGACUGCUGAUUGAUGUUCACACUCCCACAGUCACUUCACAGGCAUCUGUGGACCAGUCAACAGAGAAACAGAGAUUUUAGCAUCCUGGAUGUUUUUGUAUGUAUUAUUGCAACAAGUCACAUUUUAAUUUAAUUUUGGCCUUUGGGACUAAAAAAUUACUAAAAAGAAAUUAAACAUUUUUAAUGAUGUUAAUUUAAGAAGAAAAACACAGCCUGUAUGUGUUUGGUCUUUGACCCCAUGUAUAGAAUAAUUGCAACUUGUUUCAAUCAGACUGUUUGUUAAUAAAAAGAAAAUCAAUGUUAUUUCCUAAUUUUUUUCUGUAAAUUACAUGAGGUUGAUAUAUACAGCAAAUAAUUUUACGCUUUAACCAAAUAAAGGCAAUCGCUGUUGCGCAGUUCAUUUUUGUUGGGUUAACAGAAGCACAGUUUCACAUGUGAAUCAAUAUUAACUUCUAUUAACUCUCUAUAUAUUUUACGUUUAAAUGUGAGCGCCGUGAAGUCUCUUGUCGCUAGAGGGGGUAAGACCCAAAGCAAUACAAUAAUGCCAAUUAUUUGCUAAAGCCACGGUUCAGAGCAGUUGUUGUCAAUUGAUAAUCAACCCCUAAAUAAAUAAUGCACAACUAUA